CCCAAAACAGCAUUUAUCAAAUCUUCUUCCUCUUCUUCCUCCUACGAUAAACCCUAAUUUUUGGGGGCUUUGCACAGAUUUGCAGAUUCCUCAGAUCCGAUACUGCGCUAUUAAAUUAAGCCGGAGCUAUUAUUAUUUCUCAGUCGUGAUCCAUGACAUCUAAUUUUGUGAAACUCAGCACUGAAUUUAUCGGCAAACUCUCCCGUGUAACUAGCUUACCAGCUCAACGUACUGAUUUGGUUCAAAAGGUUUCGGUUUUGAAAGACGAGCUUUUAACGAUUGGUAACAGUAAGGAGAAGUUCCAGAACCUUUUGGAUCAGAACGGCCAGUGGUUGUUUAGAAGCUAUCGUGAUGUUGCUGGAAUCAUUGAGCUUAUGGAUCAGCUCUUUCCUCGUCAUUACUUGGCUCUUCAGGUUUUAGAUUGGAGGAGAAGUCAAAAGGAUUAUUGUAUCCCUUUGACAUCGGAGGAGUAUGCGAAAGGAAUCAAGAUUGCUGGUAGAGCUAGGGAUGUAAACCUUGCAGUCUAUCUUUUCGAUGAGGCUGCUAAGAAACGGAUUCAAACAGCUUCAGUUUACAAUGCUUUGAUGAGUGUGUACAUGUGGAACGGUUUUGCUGAUGAGUGUCAGUCACUGUUUAAAGAUUUCACUAGGCAAACGCAUUGUGCUCCGACCAUUGUGACCUAUAAUAUUCUAAUAUCUGUUUAUGGUCGGCUUCUGAUGGUGAAGAAUAUGGAAGCUGCUUUCGAAGAAUUACAUAAACUGAAGCUUUCUCCGGUUUCGUUUACUUACAACUUUCUAAUUGCGGGUUAUGUUACUGCCUGGAAUUGGGGUAAAAUGGAAGCUACUUUCCAAGAAAUGCAGGGUGGUCCAGUUGAGCCUGACAGUGACACUUAUCAGCUAAUGCUUCGUGGGUAUGCAAAUUCUGGGAAUUUGAAAAAGAUGGAAGAAAUGUAUGAAGUGAUUAAAGAUAACGUUGGUGUAAACAAUAGUCCUUUGGUCAGAGCCAUGAUCUGUGCAUAUUGUAAAACGUCUGUUGAGGGUAGAGUCCAAAAGGUUGAAAAGUUAUUGAGUCUUCUCUCUGGGGAGGAAUAUCUUCCUUGGUUGAAUGUGCUUUUGAUUCGACUAUAUGCUCAAGAAGACAUUUUGGAAGCAAUGGAGAAUAAAAUCAACGAGGCAUUUGAGCGUAAGACAUGUGUUAAUAAAUCGGAUGUCAUGCGGGCGAUCACUGCAGCUUACUUCAGGUGUAAUGAAGUUGACAAUCUUGCUAAUUUUGUCAAGCGUGCUGAGUCUGCUGGGUGGAAACUAUGCAGAUCUCUUUACCACUGUAAGAUCAUAUUGUAUGGAUCCCAAAAACGCUUUGAAGAAAUGGAAGGUGUUGUAAAUGAGAUGGCACAGACUAAUUAUGGGCUUGUAACUAAAACGUUCGCCAUUAUGCAUAAGGCGUAUAAAGCCCAUGGAAUGGAGUCCGAUGCUGAGAAAGUGAAAGGAAAGAUGCUGAAACGUGGGCUGUAGAUACACUUCAUUUUGUGCAAAGGAUUCUGUUGUUUCGAUUUGUUCAGCGUCUUUAUCAAGGGCGGGCUGUGACCAAGCAGUGUAUCAAAUGGUUGUAGGACUGCCCAAUGAGGCUGGAUAAAAGAUGCUGGCUAGGCUUCCAUAAUCUGUCACCGGGGUUUUGGGAUGAGACGAACGCACAAAUCUUUUUCCGUCAUGACUGAUUUAACCAUCACUAUUCUGCCAUAGUUGUACAUGUUACUGGCAGAGUUUAAAAUUUCCAUGGCAGAUUUUUAGACGGUUUCAGUAUAAGAAACCACAGUAAAACAAAUUUGAUGUGAGCCAUGAAGAACAGUGCCUGCCCUCUCUGGUUUUUCUUGCCUGUGUUACUGAUAGGAUUAGAAGAGCUAUUAUUUUCUUGGUUUUUGGAGGCUCUGCUAAGUAAAGUUAUUUCCUUAAGAAAAAACUGCUGCAGUGAGUUUCUCUGUUUCGGCCAUCUCUGGGUCCAGUUUCCAGAUUGUAGUAAGUUAGUAAAAUUUUGUGUUGUUAGGCUAUAAACACUCUUACAUUGGCAUACUGCUCUGUUGUUUAGCUUGAUCCAUGUUCGUAAAUUUGAGGAAAAUGAUAGCUCAGCUACACAUAAUGUUUCCGUAUAGUGGAUCUCCUUUACUUAAUCUACAAAUUCUCACGAAUAAGCCAUGGAGCUUGAAAUUUUAUUAUGAUUCUUUGUUUCUUUGUCAUUCAA